AUGUUUGGCUUUGCAAAGAAACUGGUCUCCACUUUGGAGACCCAGGCAACAAACUAUCUGAACGUGAACUCAAACGGUAUCGACGAACACACAAUGGGACUGCGCGUGGUGUCUGUGGACAAGGACUCGGUGGCAGAGAAGUAUGGGUUCCAGAGCUGGUUCGACUUCAUCUUGUCCAUCAACGGAUACGAGGUGGUUUCGUUUUUGCAGAGCGGCGAAUCGCAGGACUCCAACCCGUACGCACAGCACGAUUCGUCCACGGGCUACUCGCAGCUGCUGGAGUUCCUCGCGUACGAAGUGAACACCAACAAGUCCGAUCUAGUGUUCCGGGUGUGGAGCGGUAAAGGCGGCGUUGAAAGAGAAAUCACCGUGCCUAACCACGAGUUCAGCGCAGAAAACAACCAGCAAUUGGACGAUAUCAGCAUCUCGGCGCCAAAGGACUCGAAACACGUGAUCCAGAACUCUGCGUUCAAACGGCUCCAGUUCACUUUGCAGCUCACUCCGCUGAACGUUGUUGGCUAUGUGUGGCACGUGAUGCGCGUGAACCCGAACUCGCCGGCGUACCACGCCGGAAUCAUGCCAGACGAGUACAUCUUGAACUGCGAGGGCGGUUUGUUGGCUACUGGCGGAGAAGACCUGUUGAGCAGGGUGAUCCAUUCGAUAUACACCAAGUGGCAGCAAAGCCCCACGGCGGGCGCGACCCCGUGCUCGGUCGUACUGUACGUGUACAACCAUGACUACGACUCCGUGAGACCCGUGACGGUGUAUCCGAACGAGACCUGGGGCGGCCGUGGGUUGCUGGGCUGUGACAUCGGGUACGGACUGUUGCACAGGAUCCCAGAGGUGUUGCGCCACAACGACCUGGACGACGAGUCCGACGUGGACCUGGCUCCGGGAGGCGUGCUAUUCAACGCAGAACCAGACGCUCCAGCCGAGCCUGCUAACCUAUUGCAGCCUGCAGUGCAGGCCCCUUCGUUUGCCAACACCCCAGCAGAGCCACCAGCCAGACGCAAGAAGGCCUCGAAACACGUGGCCGCGAGCGACCUGUCCAGCUACUUCGAGGAGGAGACCGCCAAGUCGAAGGAAAUCGAUGGCGACCGGAAACUCGAGCACGGUGAAGUGCCUGCUCCACCGAAACUUGCAUCCAAGAAGGAGUCUAGCUGA